CUUCCUUAUCCUUUCUUCUGUACAUAAUGAAUGUCUGGAAUAUCUCUCUUGUGAAUUGUAAUAUUGGAACCAAUGUUCUCCUUGAAUCAAAUAAGAAUUCAUUGGGGGAUAUGGUUGGAUUAUUAUUCUCAUCACAGUACUGAAAAGAUGUCUUCUCUCAUCGUUUUCGGGUUAAAUUGGUAUGCAUAGGGUUGGUGUUAAAUCUAUCCUGCUAGCAGUUUUGCCUUUUUUAUUCUUUUCCCUAUUGGCAUUUUUGAAGCCUGUCAUAUAUGUCAGUCAAUCGCAUGCCAUUAGCAUCUAAUCACUUGACUUUAUACUGCAAAAACUAUUGUUCUGAUCCCUAUGGAAUGUUCUCACAUGUAAUUAAAUGCAUCUUAUAUGCUUUCUCAUAUUCUUGUCCCCAUUGCCCACCACUAAGUUGUUUUUUUUCUCCUUUUUUGUAGCCGCAGACUCGUGAAAAGAACCUGCCAUACAUAAAGGUACGUUUGUAUUUGGCCUCUCCUGGAGUCAAAAAAAUAACUUUUUCAGAUUGUUUCGGUGCACACAUGAGUGAUCAUCAAAAGAAGAAUGAUACCAAAUGGUUGCUUCAUAAUAAAGAACCUUUUUCUUCAUUUAAACAAAGCUACUGGAACAAAACGAAUCAACACUACAACGGUUCAGAGAGAUGCCUCAGCUAAGCAGACCGCAACCAAGGGACCUUAUGGUGGUAAGAACCCCGGAUGCACAACGAGCUGCGGAUUGAGGUUACCAAGGAAAACAGAAGCCACAGCAGCCAGAAUGAUCAAGCAUCUUGGCUGUAAAUUUGCAAAAGGUUUGCGUCUGGUGGUGAUGAGGAAGAAGAGGAAAUCUCAACCGUCUAAGGUUUCUUCUUCUUCUUCCUCAGGGAGAUCUCAGCCGUCGAUCAUGCCAAUAAGCAAUGACAGUCAUAGAUCAGAGGCUAUAGAGGACUGCAUAGAGUUCAUCAACUCAUCGUCCUCCUUCACCAGAUCAAACUCUACUACUUCUUAAGUGUCAUCUCUCUCAAAUCCGUUGUCCCCGUUGUUCAUUGUCUAUAUCUAUUUGCUUAUUUGUGAGAAUAUUACAUGUAAUGUCUAUAAGUCUAUGUGACUUUCUGUUGAUGUGUACUAUGGCAAUAGUAAAGGUAAAUAUGUUAAAUCAGUUAUCA